AUAUAAUUUAUUUACAUUGUUGCAGGCAGUGGAUAAUCCUUGCAGCAGCGAAAAUGCAUUGGCAGUGGAUGUUGACGUCUGAAAGUUUUUUCAACUCUGGGGGAAAUGCCAACUUCAACAGUGGUAUUUCACCAAUUAAUUUUGUAGUAGUAAAUGUCACAUUCAAUUAUUUUUACCUAACAUUAUUCAUUAAAGACAAAUAAUGGCUACCAAUGACAGCAAAAUUACACCAAAAAAUUUCAAAUUAACUCUAAAUAAAUGUAAUGUCAGUUUUUACCAAUUUUGAUUUCAAAAUAAUGAUGGCCAUUACUACCUUUCAAUGAGUUCUCAACUUCAUAUAAUAUCAUCCAUCCACAACUUAUUUCUUCCUUCCCUACAUACCAAUAAACCGUCAUACAAUCAUAACACUUAAUACUCUCACCUUGAACUUCAAGUGUUAGUCUUUGGAGUUAUCUCCUCUCUGGUUUCCACUCGACAAAUCAACCACCUUCCGAGGACCAAAAUCAUAGCAUCCCUAGCAUUGAUCAACCGUCAGAUUUUUCAGGGAAGAUCAGGUUCUAUAUUCAGUUUACUUUUUCAUAUCAGACGUGAAAUUGCUAUCUAUGAAAUCUAUAUCAACUAAACAUAAUAUAAUUUCCGGUAAGUGGCGUAAUUGAUAAAUUCAUUCCCUCAGUAUUCGUAAUUCUUAACGCUCCUGUUUCCUUCUUUGUGUCUUGUAUGAUAAUUAUGAUUUCAAGACUUGCAAGACAUCUUUUUUAUUUCUAUUAUUAUCAAAUUCCUGCUUGGUUAUACCAGACAGGAUGUUAAUUCUAAAAUACUUUGUAUUUCUAUGUGGCUGUUCUUUAUGGUUAAAAAAGCUCCCAAAAGUGCUUUUGCCUUUUAUGUAGGCCCGAAAAAAAGUUUUAACUGUUAGAAGAGGAUGCAUAGUACUUUUACUUUACCCUGUUGAACUAAGUGUUGUAUGAUCUCUGGGUGCAUCUACAUUGACCUCUAUUAACUUUACUUUCAUAGGAUGCUGCUCUUAGCUAUUACUUGCUUUCUGAAAUCAUUAAGUAUUAUCUCAGUUACUCCAAAGAAAAUUGUUGUGGCUCUUGGCUGUGAACCAUAAUUUUAAUAUAAAACUUAAAAUUCACCAACUUAUUUUUUAUCACUUGGGGGAGAAUUUAAUUUAGGAAUGGAUGGAGUAUAUAGUACGUUAUAUUUUCAAUUGGUUGAUGGACAACAUGUUUAAACAGCCAAAACCUAGGCAAAAACAUCGAUGAUCAAUUUUUACCUCAUUGUGGUUCUGUUUAAUUGUUUUUUAUUAAGUGAGGCUAUAAGAGAUGGACAAGAUAUUGGCAAUUUGAGAGAUCUGAAUGGUAGUCUUUCAUAUUCCGUUUUUUGACUGGAUCCCGAAAACGUCAUUUCCAAUUGGUUGAACUCUUCACAGGACCCUACACCACCCAACAAUUCCAUAGACAAUUAUAUUAAUGGAAUGGGUUUUAUUGUAGAGGAUGGGGAAGCUGAGGUAGAAGGUGAUGGGGAAGGAGUCGACACAUGUUGAAAUUAUCAACCAACCUUUCAAUCUUCAUACAGAUAGGAGUAUUUUAUUUUUUUAGCAUUUUAGCUUAUAAACAGUAAAACUUUAUUUAUUAUAGAAGAUGUUGUUUGACAUACCAAAGAUGCUAUAUAAUGUAGAGGUUGCGUAGGAGAACAAAAAUAACUACAGUAACAGCGAUAAAAUGACUUUUUAAGUAUAUGAAAGGUGCCUUGGAGAUGCUCUUACACCGUAUAUAACCUUUAUAGUUAUACCAUAUGCUUGAAAUACACAAUAGUAAUGAAAAAAUGACAUCCUUCAUCUCAAUACUUUGAAGAGAAGGUGUUUUCUACCUUUAGGCUGGACAUUCUUACGCUAAGCCGAAAAGGCUUUAUUGUUGUUAAACUGCAGUUCAUUUACUAUGCAGGCAUCACUGUUAGCAUGGAGACUCAGCUGGCCUUUUAUCUGACCCUGUUAUGUUGUGACCAUUUUAUUGGUUUGGUGGUCCUAUGUGUUUACAUGAUCUUCUUUCAAGACACACACUUUCUUCUAGACGACUAAAUCAGGCUUAUGGAGUUUCCAUCUCUUAAGAAUAUGAAGUUGUGGAAGAAGAAGCAGAACAGGCAGCAUAAGACAAUGAUGGUGAUGCAUGUGCAACUUAUACGGCGUGAAGAUGACAAAGACGAUUACAAUGACACACAAACUAAUGAUACAAAGGACGAUGAAGAUAUGGCUUGCAACAAUGAGCAUGAUUUUUUUUUGUUUUUGUGUUUUUUUAAGAAACCAAUUGAAAACAUAGUUGGGCCAUUUUUAGAAAUGAAGUCAAUAUGAAAUGUUUUUUUAAUGAUGAAUGAUAGCAGGCUAAAAUAAAAGUAAAUACUCCGUACUUGAUAGUUACUCUCUAUGCGUACUCUCUAGUGGUCCAUUAGAAAUUGUUUACUACUCCCUCCGUCCCAGGGCAUUUGUCCAAUUUUAUUUUUACACAUCAUCCAAUACACAUCUUUAAUCCAUUUUAUCUUGUAAUUUGUAUAUUAAAAAAUUAUAGAAAUUAUAUAUUAAUAAUCUAUAUGUUAAGACAAAUUAAACAAGAUCACACAUGACUAUAUUUAGGCUUACACAUUGAGAGAAUUUG